AAAAAAACAACUCAGUUUAUAAGUGGUUAGAGGAGUACACAAAGCUGUAGGAGUGCAUCGACUGUAUUGUAGACUAGUAAUUUAUCUUAAACAUAAACAAAUGGAGAGAGGAGAGGUGUAGUAUGCUAUAAGAGCAUACCGAUAUGUAUAUCAGAUUAAUGGUCUCGUGGCAAGCGGAUGGAGGUGACAAAAAAAAAAAAAAAAUUUCAAAGCACUAGCUGCAUCCGUUUUUGUGUUACGUGCAAUUUUCGGAGAAUCUGUAUUACGCGGUAUCCUCCUGCGUGUCAUUCUGUGGCUGAUGGUAGUAGUUAUUGUUAGAAAUGUACAUAUCAGUGUCGAGUUAUACACCAUUAAUACGACAUUCACCAUACACACGGUUAACUAAUGUAUUAAUUUUUCAAUAGUUGUUAUCAUGUCGUUUGUAUGCGGUUGUGGGUCUUCAUUUGUCGAUAGUACUGGUUUGAAUGUUCAUUGUAGUAUGAAUCAGGGUCACCGUCAAACUGUUAUUUCAGGGAAACGAUAUUUGUCUGCGCCUGCGGGUAGGGUGACCAAACGCGCGUGCAUGCACGUUGCAGGGACCGGCUUUGUUCCGAUAGAAUCUGCACUACGCGGUCGAGUUAUACAUUAUUUUUUGAAAAAUGAAACGACUAUUGACGAAAUUGACGAUUUUAUUCGAUACGUGAGUGACGAUUUAACCACCGUACUAAAUGACGUCACCAAGCACGGUAUAAUAAAAUUCAACGUUGUACUGCACACAACUUACAUACACCAAGUUAUGGGUGAAAUGAGAGACGUAUCGUUUAAAACGCGUAACAAAACUGUCGAUUCAGGUACCGUAUAUGCCGCCGUUUUUGAUGGAAUCACGGAGAAGCUCGUGUACGAACAACAGGAAAUGGAGACCCGAGGUAGCGGGUGGUCGCUAUUAUUCAUAGACGGACUGCUGUUGAGAGUCACGAAAAUUACACCAUUUAGCGGUGACUCGUACGUUGAACUUCCACAGUGUAUCAAACAAAAAUUUGCGGUCAUAAACGUAAGAAACGCCGACCAGCAGUGUUUUAAAUGGGCGAUUUUAUGUAAGUACAACAAGAACAAAAAAAAUAAAGAUCAAUGGAAUGCAGGUUACAUUGAUCUGGAAAAAUCCACAAAUAUACGUUUUGAUGGCUUGACAUUGACUUUCCUACACCAUUGAAACAAAUUAUUCGAUUUGAACGUAAUAACCCGUCAAUGUUGAUCAAUGUAUUUGCGUUGGACGAUAAAAAUAACGUGUAUCCGUUGCGUAUCACUAAAUCGCGUACGAGCACCGAUCAUGUUGAUUUACUUUACGUUACCGAGCCGGGAAACAGCCACUAUUGUUAUAUAUCAAAUUUCUCGAGACUCGUGUCAAAACAACGAACCGAGGGCAAACGACAGGAGUACUAUUGUAAACGUUGUUUAAACGCAUUUACCAAUCAACCGUUAAAGACUCAACCGAGCGGACAAGCGGGGGUGGAUGAGCACAUUAAAAUGUGUGGAAAG